AUGCAACUCCAAACUAAAGAGGCGUGUGCUUCUGGAGAGUAUCAAGGUGCAGGUCACGAUCUUCUGGAAGACAGUCGCUCUGCCUUGGUGGGGCGAUGCGGCUCAGCGCAAGCAAGUUCAAACGAGGCAUGCCGUGUAUGGAGACUUGCGCAGUCUGAGCCUGCCUCAGGGAGCUGCCCUUUGUGCGAGGGGAUAAGUAGUCUCAAUGCGGAAUAUGAUAAGUCUCCCAUAACGCACAAUAAGUACGGUACAAGGGUACUGUAG